AUUUUGCCUCGUUGUUUGUCGUUGAAUUUGAGCGCUCAAAAUUAACUGGUCCAUCUCAAAAACUUGCAGACUGAUACAAUGGAUGGGGAAGAUUCGAAACCACAGGGUCAAAAGAAACAAAAUAACGUCCUUCCCUUGUGGGGAAAUGAAAAGACGAUGAAUCUUAACAGCAUGGUUUUAACCAACAUUUUGUCGUCUCCUUACUUCAAGAACGAAUUGUUCAAACUGAAAACCUAUCACGAAGUUGUUGAUGAGAUUUACUACAAGGUAAGAAUGGAGGAAUGUCAAAGAGGAAUUGAGGGACACAACAUUGGACUCCACAUUCUAGACACGUAAGAACCGCCAUGCCAAGAUCAGAUUAGCAGGUUUAAAGUUCUUCGUUUUAAAAAUCGAGUCUUAAAAUUAAGCUUAACUAUAAUUUGAACUCUGAAGUAAAGACGUACUCUAUGAACAAAGAUAUAUAAAGCUUGAGAUGCGUUUUCUCGUCAAAUGAAAACAUUCUUUUGGUAGGUAGACCUAACUUAAAAAGUAAGAUAAAACCUGUUGGGAUAACGUAUGUCAGGAUAAGUUUAAUUUUAUAAUUAUAAACUUACAUUUAUGUUGCCGAUUGUUUUUGCCAUCAUAACAGACCAACAUUUUGUUGUCACCAUAUUUUAACAUUCUUCAGAAGAGUACUUUAAUUUUUUUUAUUCAUUUAGCCAUACCUACAGAACGGAAAGAGAUAAUAGUAUUUAGUUUUACUGCCUAAUUUACUUUAGUUGAACAUUGGACAACAAGAUCAUCUUUCCUGUAAGUGCUUCUCGCUUGCCACUUGCAGAGGGAUAGGCCAAAAAUAUUGCUAGACCCUGAACUUGCUCUUGUAUUUUGUGUAUUGUGGACAUUGUGUUCAAGGAAAGUUUUGUUUUUGUUUUCCGUUUGCUUUUUAUUUUAAGGUGGAGCACCUUGAACCUUGGGAAAAAGGAAGUAGAAAGACUGCAGGGCAAGUUGGAAUGUGUGGAGGAGUAAGUUUAUUUAUCCAUUUUUGUACUAAGUAACCUGCUGUAAUUUACAGUACCUUCUACCAAUUUAUGAGGCCACAUAUGUGUAGCAGUAUAUGCAGAUAAAAUAGUAAGAUACAUAAACAUGAUAAUAAGGUGUAAUUAUUGCCGUGUCCAACAUUGCAGAUAAUUAUGGUACCAAAACAUAGAACAAAAUGUAGGUAGCAGAACAGGGCUCAUUAUAAUUCCUGGAGAGUCACUGGACAUGAUGACUGGCCACAUUCAUUUUAGCUCGGUCACGUAUUGUUUCUGGCCGGUCAAAUUUUUAAGAUGAAUAACUCUUAAAACAAAAACCCAUGAACCAAAUCUGGCAUUCAACCCUCCAACUUGUGACCGUUUUAGUCGCCAUGGUGCCUAAAAUUUUGAAGCUGACAACUUGAUCUGUAGAAAAGUCUCCCAAAACCAACAGAAUUGGUUGCCAAAUGGCGACCACGCAAAAACUUUAACUUGGAGGACUGGGCAUUAUAUAUUUCCAGAAACCCAUAAGGGGUUGAAACGUGUAACUCGCGUUCAAUGCUCGUGAAUAUUCGUUUUGACCAUAUUUGGAAACCUUAGUGACGGAUACCCAUUUUCAACAAAAUGGCUACUGCGCAAUCACCAUGCAGAUGUUUUAAGACAAGAGUUCUGCAUUUCAAGGUUAAAAAUACACCGUUAAAAGACAAAAAAUGGAAAGAGAACGUUCAAAAGAAUGUUCAGCUUUCUUUUUGUGGAGAAAGGGAAGCUUUUCAUCAAGAAAUCAUCCUUCGAGGAAUUCAACCUUGUUUUCUUUACGGCGGAGCCCAUGGUCUGUUUUGAAAUGCAACCAAGUCAGCGAAGUUUUUGCUGAAUUUUCAGGUACAUUUUGCACUCUAUGGCCAAGACAAUUACGUUUUUGAAAGGGAAUUUAUGUAUUUUUAAAUGUUUCAUAGACGUUUUAUAAAUUUUUCUCUUCGGCGCUAAAGAAAAAUUAUAAAAUGUGCCCCGAUUAAUUGAGAUGGAUUUUGAGUUGAAUUUUGCCAUGUGCUUAGCCGAUUUCACUUGCGUGAACGGAUCCACGAUCCAGAUAGUGUUUUCCGAAUUGCUUUAAAGGAUUAACUUUUUGGACUUUGAAUAAAAAUUUUCAAGAAACGGCUUCUCUGUCUAUUGUUUUGAGUUUGUUCAUUCAUAAAAUUAGCUCAAACACGAUCGUGACUACAACAUCUAAGUUUAAUUUAAACUUUUAAAAUGCUUCUCACAUUCAUUACAAGCAUCACUUUUUGCGAAGAUGUCAGGUUCAGGUUUUGGACACUUUUCGAUAAGCAGCUAAUGAAUUUUAUUCGAAAAUAUUUUUCACUGUUUAUUCUUGACUUUUAACAUAAGAAUUUUAAAAGCCUAUUUUCAGUAUAAGUUUACUGUGCAGAGGGUCAACGAGGUAUCGUAUUUUGAAGUGACAACUUCAAGAAGUUGCGAGGCCGUCAAUAGGUUUCAUAAUGUUACGUUUGGCCCGGGUGGUAAGGCAAUAAUAUCCUGCUCAGUGUUUCAGUAAUAUUCCUGGUUUUAACCUUUGAAAGCUUUCUCGGCUUUCGGGAGUUUUUCUCCUGUUUGUCUGCCAUUUUUUUAAGCGAGCGCGGGAACCUGAAGGAAAAUUACGUCACGUUGUUUACGAAGUUUGAUUGGUCAGUUAUCUCUUCUUCUCGUUCCAAAUAUGGUACUUUCUAAAAUGAAUAAUCACGAGCAUCGGACAAAGCAAACAUAUGAGAGUUACACGUUUCAACCCCUUAUGAGUUUCUGAUAUUUCCCAAAUCAGGACUUCUGAUAUUUUGCACAGUCACAUGGAGCCGCGAAAUUCCAUAGAAAUCUUAUCAAAUACAUGUCAAUACACUACAUUUGGAACUUAUCUUGGUUAUUGGGGCUUUUUGAUGCCAAAAUUCCAAAAACGAGCCAACGACUUUCCAAAACUACCAGGCAUAAAUCAUAUUGCGAAAAACUGGACACUAGUCAUGAUGUGAUAAGCUUUCCCAUUGGCUCAUUUCUCAAACACUUUGUUGUUAGAAUAGGAAAUGAUUAUCUCUGUUAAAAAAACAGUAAACACUGGUCAAAUCAGCGCAAAACUGAUUGAUUUCUAGCGAAAUUUGCCCACAAAAUCGGCCAUUUAUUUACCAAUUGUUUUUCAGUGAAGUUAGACCCAAAAAUUUCUGCAAAAAUGUCGUGAAAUCAGCUAAUUUUCCACAAAUCGGUCCCUGAAAAUCCUGUGAAAUCUGAUUCUUUUUUCUGCAACCUACCAGAAGCCCUGAAAAAAGUCAUUGUUUAACUAAUAAAAGUGAAAAUACUUUUAAUGUUGUGACCAAAAGUGUGUGAACCCCAAUGCCUGUUUCAAUGUUGUUUCAAUGUAUGAAUUGUAAACAACGUUUCUAGGUGCAUUUUACCCACGAUUUCAGAUCAAAGUUUUUUUUUUCAAUACGAUCCAGAUCGAAUGUGACCAGUCAACGUGACCGGCAAGAUGACAGGUUGACUGGUCAACUUCCCAGUCAGUCCAGACAUUGUGCAUUGACCAGCUGUUAUUUCAAGCUUUGCCCUUUACAUAAAUCUGUACUCAGUCAGAUUUUGUUGUUAUUUCAUUUUUUACAGCUGUACAUGUUUCCUCACAGAGAACUUAUGAAAAUCUUUGCUUUGUUCACAGGUUCGUGGUGUUGGUGCUGGGGGCAUUGUGUCCUCAGCAUUUUGCCUUCUUUACAAGCUGUUUACAUUAAAACUGACCCGGAAGCAGCUAAAUGGCUUGAUAACACAUGUAGACUCACCCUAUAUUAGGGCUCUUGGCUUCAUGUUCAUUAGGUAUGAAGAAUAAUCUCUCUUCACAGUAUUAAGUCCUUUUUCUUAUCUUAAAAUGGGCAAAAUUCCGGUGUUAAAUUCAAAUCUGAGGGAAAAGAUACAACUGUAGGACAUAAAAAGAAAAAAACUUGAAAAAACUAUCCAAGACCUGAACAUGGGAUCUACUGCAUAACAGGGAGACACCUGUGCUACUAAAGCACAAAUUCCUUCCAUUGAUAAGUUUGGAAGUAUACUAUUUAAGUUUGCUUAUGGUCUUUUACCCUUGGAAAGUUUGCUAAAUGGCUGUUUGAAGUUAUUCAAGCUGUUUUAUUGUCUUAAUCUGCCCAAAACGUCACAUUAAACAACACACUGAAGGCUGGCCUGUUGCUGAUCACAAAUUAUGCUUUCAAAGUUCAGAAGGCUGUUUGUCUUGUUUUGUUUCUAGGUGAGUGGGCCCACUCAACAUUAUAUUUAGAAAGUGAGUCAAACCAAAUUCCCCUUUGCUAAGCUAUACAUGCGUGAUGCGAAUUCUGGCAAAUUUAUAAACCUUGUUUUGCAAGGAAAUUAUCUAUAAAGAAACUUAAUCUGAUAUCCACCAUGACUUACAGUGUAAUUUUCAAAUGAUCAAUUCAUUAGUGGAAUCAACCAGGGUACAUGCUUAACGUUAUCUUUUGUUGCAGGUAUUGUCAACCUCCAGCCAAGCUGUGGGACUGGAUGGAACCUUACCUUGAAGAUGAAGAGGUCAGUAACACUAUGUCAGUAAUAUUUAUUAUUGAUCCCUGCUCUUUGUAGUGUUCAGCUCUUAAAUUGCUCUUUGUUGAAAUAAAUCUGCAGCCGGGUAGCUUGCAACACACUUCAGUGAUCAAACUGAAAGAUUUUAAAAAAUUAAAGCAUUUAGACUUAAGUGUGAGACCAAAAUGUAACUAAUCAGCUUGCCUAAAACCUGAGAUGUUACAGACUGUGUACAUUUACUUCAGUUUACCUGUCUGCAUCUGUAAGGAGCAAGUCCAAAAUUGAGAUGAUGCUUUGUUUCUCUUCAAAAAGAUUAAAAACCAUACAUGUACCUAUUUGACAAUUUGCUUAGAACAACACCCAAGCCCUGCAGUGUAUGGGUCAUUUUGCCAACGUUACGCAAGUAGUGGUGACAUAGGGCAUGGCAUUAUACAUAUAGUAGUUAAUUCUGAAGACUCUUCAUGGAUUUGUUGAGAAAGGACAGUCAACUAGGAAAUAAAAAAUAAUAUUUAAAAAUCACUAAAUUUAACCAUUUGAGGAUUAAUAAUUAGUAAGUAGUAAAAAAACCUACCAUCACUGAGCUUGGGAUAGUCUACAAGCAUGUGGAUGAAAGACUUUACGUCCAUUUGAAGUGGUGAGUUUCUUCAACAAUUUCGUAGUGAUUUUUGUCAUCAUUGUUGUAGCCUUUAGAAGCAUGUUGUUGACGUUUGUGCUGAUGUGUUUAUAGGUGGUUGGGUAAUACACCUCUUAGGCAGCUCAUGACAGCUGUUUCCAUGCCGCCGCAGGCCUUCAGAUAUUGUGCUGCACCGAGCUGCCUUUCUUGAGGUUAACACAUCAAAUGAGUAGGCUUAAACAUGGGCUUUUGACUUCUACUGUACUUCUUCUGCUAAUGUAGUUUAUGUUCACAUCAUUUGUACUGUACUUUGCUAAGCUUGUAUCUGCAAGUUUUAUUAUAGAAUCAAAGCAGUUUUGAGGAAAAUUUGACUUACUAACGCUGAUUGCCCAGACUCAAGCUAAAAAAAAAAUGAAAAAUGAGCAUCUUAUUAACAAUAAUAAUAAUGAUAAUAAAAUGAUUGAGACUACUAGUGUAAUACUGUGCAUACCAUUGCCUAGAUUAUGACAGUGCCUACAAUGGAAGUAAUGGGUAGCAAAGUGAUUUUGGGAGAUUAGUGAUCAUACGAGACAAAGAAAGGGAGCAUUCAAAAAUGCUGGUGUGACAAAAUAUGUGAUUAUUUUAAAUAAAUGUAAACAGCCUUUUGGGAAGGCGUUUUGAUUAAAACAUUACUAGUACCAGUGUCGGUACCAAGGGGAAAGCCGGUCAUCCAGACCCUUAGAUAAGGGGUGGGGGGGGGGGCUGGUCUCCCAAAAGANGCAGACAAAUUUGUCAGCAAAUCAUUGUAAAAAAUGCUUCUAUUAAUUAUUAGACACCCUUAAGGUCAAUAAAGUGGCUACUUGUGCUUUCUACGAGGGUGGCCCCUUAAUAGAGGUUUGACUAUAGAAGAUCUAAAUUUUGGGGGAAUAAGCAUGCAAAAUUGUACUGAGGGGAAUUGUACUCAAUUUGUGUCAUUUACAGGAAAUUGAUCCUAAAGCUGGUGGUGGAUGCACUAUGACAAUUGGACAGAUGGUAAGAAGCUUUCUAUUAAAGCUAGAGUGGUAUGGGACACUGUUUCCCCGCAUCCCUGUACCAGUACAGAAGGAUCUGGAGGUAAAGUUACGUCAGAAAGGCCUGUGUGACGACCACAAGAGAACCGCUCAGGAAGGCUGGGGUGAGGCGGAGGAUUUUGUCAGGCGUACUCGUGGAGACAGGUGGGUGAGUCUGGCCGAAAAUUGAGAAUAUUAGCAAAAUCUUUUGAGAAGUAGGUUGAGUUUGAUCGUCCGGGUGAAUGUAGUCCUGAAUAGGACUGUUGUUGUUGACAGUGACUGACGUUUUGACAAGCUGUGCAGUAGUCAUCUUCAGAGUCAAAGUGAGUUGUAUCACGUCAGUUGAUGUUAUUAUUAAACAAUUAUUGGAUGAGGUUGAGAAUGAUAUCAUGAAUAAUUAAAACCGAGGUCUGUGUUAUCUGCUGAAGCCGAAGGCUGAGGUAGAUAAUACGGAUACUAGGUUUUGAUAAUUCAUGAUAUCAUGCGAAAACCGAAUUCAAUAAUUGUUUUAUUAUACAUUUUUUAAACAAUAGGCAAAAGAAGACAUUCAUCUGUUGAAAAAUGGCUUUAUUUCAAAACUAAGGUGAAAGUGACACUGAUAAGCUUAACCAAGAUCAUUUAAAAAAUUUAAAAUACAAUAAUAAAACCUUUGUCUGAAUAAAGGUGCUCUUUUUGUGUUUUUGGAAUCUUUUUCUUCAAUUAAUUGACGUAAUUCAUCCUCAGAAACAGAAGCGAAGCAUUCAGCCAUUCUGUUUCUGAAGAGAACACUCCAAGGGGCGUGGUAUCCAGGCAGACGUUGAACUUGACAUGAUAAAUGCAAUAUCUGCAGCAGAUAUUGCAUUUAUCAUGUCAAGUUCACAAGCUAUUGUGAAUUGAUUGAAUGCUCUCGACCAAUCAGAUUUUUCAUAGUGAGUCUGAUGUAUAAUAAUACUUAUUAUUGAGAUUCAGAGUAUUUGAAUUCUCUCACUCCCAUUGUGAGUGAUGGAGUCUUGUAAAGUGGUUCUAACCUUUAAGUAUGAGGAAGAAAUCCAAUGGUGUGACCUGCCCUGUGGUUGUACGCAUAUUAUAUUAUUUCACCUCUCAAGACCUAAAGCAAACAGCCAUGCUCAAUAAUGCAAUGUAAGCGCUUAGGCAUGUGAGCGGGCCCACAGCAAAUGCAGCAUGGUUGAAAUCUAAUGUUCAAAUAUUACUUCAUUACAGCUCACCAAGCGCACGCUCACGGGAACCAGCCGAUGAUGAUAGGCCUUCAGGAUCACGCCGAAGCCGAAGCCGAAGUCGAGAUCGAGACCGAGAGAGAAGACGUAGUCGGAGUCGUGAUCGUGAUAGUUCCCGAAGGCGAAGUCGGGAACGCCGAAGCCACGAGCGAAGACGCGGGGAUAGCAGGGACCGAGAUAGAAAUAAGAAGCGGAGCAGGAGCCCCGACAGACGAGGCAGAGACGACGACAAAAAACGACGGAGCCGAAGUCGCGAUAGGAAAAGGGAGAGGAGGCGAAGUGCUGAUCGAGAAACUUCUCGGAGAAGAAACAGCAGAGAAGACAGAAAAAGUAGAGAAAAAGAACGAUCACGAAGUAGAUGAAUGGAAACACAAAACCGGAACAUUUAUCUGUCCUGCAAAGACAGUGAUUUCGCUCGGAUGUGUUUAUGUCGGUGUUUUACACUCUUUGUUAAGUGACUGUCGGAUUGUCGGCAUUCUUUGGACGCAUGUACAUAUUCAUUGUUUUACAUUAUUAUUCGUUUUAUCUUUGACUUCAUAGGGACGUCGUCUCCUCUAUUAGAGAACUGUCUUUGUGUUAAUCGUUUUUUUUUUCAAGCCAUUUUCAACCAAACGUGCUUUUAUGCCCAUAUAAUUAGCUUAGUUAAAAAUCCUGUAGAAAGAGUACAGUCAGCUUUCUCUUAUUACGGAUACCUUAGUUGGUCCCCGACUAUCCUUGACUCUCUAAGAGGCGGGCAACUCUCUUCAGACGGGUAGUUACUGUAGUCCCCUACGUACAUGUCUAAG